CUAUUAUAGUUGCGGCACACCGAAGGCUACCACAAUGACCACUAUUGUGGAAAACUCGGGGAACCAUUCCCCUGAGAAAUCUGUAAUCCACACCAACAACAUUAGGGAUGUUGAUGAAGGUGGUUGGAAAUCUAAACUUGUCAUACCUCCACGUGAUUUAAGGAAGAGAACAUCUGAUGUCACAGAUACGAAGGGCAAUGAAUUUGAGGACUUUUGUCUAAAGCGAGAGCUUCUCAUGGGCAUCUUUGAGAAGGGUUGGGAGAAGCCCUCUCCUAUUCAGGAAGCCAGCAUUCCCAUAGCGCUGCUGGGGCGAGACAUUCUGGCUCGGGCCAAAAACGGCACUGGCAAGACGGGUGCUUACAUCAUCCCCAUGCUCCAACGAAUAGACGUCACAAAGGACCACAUCCAAGCUAUGGCCAUUGUCCCAACUCGAGAGCUCGCCCUCCAAACCAGUCAAAUUUGCAUCGAGCUAUCAAAACACCUAAAGGCCAGAGUCAUGGUUACUACUGGUGGCACCAAUCUGAAGGAUGACAUCAUGCGCAUCUACGAGAAUGUUCACGUGAUCAUCGCAACACCUGGCCGCAUCUUGGAUCUCAUGGAGAAGAGAGUAGCGCAGAUGGACAAGUGCAACAUGCUCAUUCUGGAUGAGGCCGACAAGCUGCUCUCCCAGGACUUCAAGGGCCUGCUGGACAAAGUGAUCAGUUACCUGCCCUCGGACAGGCAGAUUCUUCUCUACUCUGCCACUUUCCCACUCACAGUGGAGCAGUUCAUGAAGAAGCACUUGCACAGCCCAUACGAGAUUAACCUGAUGGACGAGCUGACCCUGAAAGGUGUGACCCAGUACUACGCUUUUGUUCAAGAAAGGCAAAAGGUCCACUGCCUCAACACGCUCUUCUCAAAGCUGCAAAUCAAUCAGUCAAUCAUCUUCUGCAACUCCACUCAGCGGGUGGAGCUUUUGGCGAAGAAGAUAACGGAACUUGGCUACUCGUGCUACUACAUCCAUGCCAAGAUGUCCCAGCAACAUCGUAAUCGUGUGUUCCACGACUUUCGUGCUGGCCUCUGCAGGAACCUUGUCUGCUCUGACCUUUUCACGCGAGGCAUAGACAUCCAGGCUGUGAACGUGGUGAUCAACUUUGACUUCCCAAAGAUGGCAGAGACAUAUCUGCACCGUAUUGGCCGAUCCGGCCGCUUUGGCCACCUUGGCAUUGCCAUCAACCUGAUCACCUAUGAUGACCGCUUCUCACUGCACCGCAUUGAGCAAGAGCUGGGCACUGAAAUCAAGCCGAUUCCCAAGGUCAUCGACAAGAACCUCUACGUGGCAGAGCUGCAGCUGGAAGAUGCAGAAGCAAAUGCCAGCAAAUAGGAGCCAAUCAUUGUGUAUUUUUUGUCAUCAGCAUAACUCAUAAUUUUGUACGUCACUUCCAGAAGACUGUUGUGUGCUGUACAGAAGGAAGAAUGUGCAUGGAUGUGUGUAUGAUUGUGUGUGCUGCAAGAAAAAAAACUAAAAAAACGUGCUGCUGCAAAUGAAGUUCAUUGAAUGCCUGCAAGUGAACAAGUAUUUAUUGCUCCUGGAAGUGGAACGUCGCAUCAUUUUUUUUUUUUUUUUCACCCAUCGAGUGGUUUUCUGGGAAGAUGAUUCUACUCGGAAAGCCAGCAAGAAAUUUUAGUAGGAAAGCAUUUUUUUUUUUUUUUCAAGUAUGUAAAUUUGUCUGCAAGAACAAGUCCCCCACCCCCCCCAGUCUGCCAUGUGGUGCAGCUUUGCACGUGACAUUGUACAGGACUAUAUUGUGGCUUUGAAGCGCAUUACAAUGGCACAACGAUGAUUGCCACUCCUGAGACUGUCAAGACCUCUUCAGGUUUCGACAUGAUGCUGGCCAGAGCCAACGAUGCAAUGGUGAAGGCCUCUGUCCCUCCUACGCCUGGUCCAGCGAGACAAGACCCGACACGAGGACAGUGUGCUGAGAAAGCCCUCGUCAUGUGCAGUGCGCGUUUUGGACUCCAAGCUUUUAUACACCUGUGUGGACUUUACAAGUGAAAGAAUAAGGCAGGGCCUAUGCACUCUCAAUGAGCGGACUAAGGGAUUUUGUAAAUGGCCAUGCAUUUAGCUGGUAUAUUUCUUUCCCCUUCCCUCAUGUUUAGUUAAAUUUUUCACAAGUGGCAUUGGCUAAAGGCAAAAGCUUUUUAUUUGCCCCCCAGGAAGAUUGGAGUUUGUUGGCAACAGAAAUGUGAUGCAAAAUUUUCAAAUGCUGUGACCGGCAGCGCACUAUGACUGGCGUUUUGAUAUAAUCUAAGCCAUCUGUACUAACAAGGAACAUCUUUUUUUUUUCUUUUUUUCGUUCGUUUGUGUUGUGUAGUUGCCAGCUUCCCUCUCCUCUUAAACAAUUACUCUUCUGUUCAUGUUGGCUGUUUGUGGAGGUGCCUUGCAUGGUGGAGCACAUUUUGACAGCCCACAAAGUGUAAAUGUUUGAGGUUUGUGCAUGCCUCGUUGAAACCUGUUUUGUUGGAGCUGGGAAAACUCUUCCCGGUACUGAAGCAAGCGCAGCCAAACAGGCCAGAAACAGGCCCAUAACUCGUCAUACCCCACUAUUGCAGCUGCAGUGCAUCUUCCCUUUUAGGUCUUGUACAAAGUGUAUAUUUGUAUUAUAUGUUCACAACUGGCUGGCCGCCUUGUCUGUUGUAACAAAGUUUUUGGACUCGACACUUCAGGCAGACUAGGUCUUGGCCGGCUUACACACAACACGUCGUACCACGUUGCUCACACGCAAACUCUGUGCAGUUCUCGGAUUGUGCACAGUUGCAACGCAAAGAUGCCCUCAUGCAUGCAUGCAGCUGCAAUGGUGGUUGUGACCACCUGCCUGUCUGCGACUGCUUCGACACUCCCAAAUCACUGCCCCUGAUCCACCCCCCACCCCCGGGCUUCUUUGUUUAGUGCAGGCGUACAUCCUUGCCUGUCUCUUUUUCAACCCCCUUUCAAACUCCACCACCCCCCUUUUCAUCAUUACUGCCUCCGCAAGAUUUCUUUGUCCUUCCCCCUUUUCCCUCCUUCACUUUCUCUUACAGAGUGCGCCGUAGGCAUGCUCUAGAAGUGCCGUAGCCUGCAGGAAGUGUGGACGCUGGGCAAUGAGUGUUCUGGUAGAACAACACGGCUUGGAACUAGCGUAGUCGCAGAAUGUCAUUUGCAACAGUGACCAGCAAGUUCCUCCAUUGAUUCGCACAUUGCCCAGAAUCUCUGUGGACGUCCAAAUUUGUUUGUAGAACCUCGGGUCAUUUGGCCUCCCGGGGUCGCCCACAGCUAGGCUCCACACUUCCUUGCUGGGCACACUUUACCGAUUUGGAACGCUAGGCCAAAACAAAUUUUUUGCACUUUUUUCUUUGUCAAGUGAAGGGAUUUGAAUGAUUGUCGUUUUAGAACUGAUUGUAAUUUGGCCCCUGCAUUUUCUGUUGGUGGCACGUUUUGACAAGAUUGUUCCGGUGAUUUCUAAUUCUAACGACACUUCAUCCCUCUUACAUAUGCAAUAUGGCUGUAAAGUGUGAUUGGCCUCAGAUUCAUUUAUUGGCUCAAGUGAAGACCAUAUCCAUUAAGAAUAUUGGGAUCAGAAUAACGUGUGACCUGCCAAAAUAAAAAAUUUAUCUUUUAUAAAA